ACUGAAAACGUGGGUGAGGAGCUGCACAGAGAUGAUUCUCUGCUGCUGAUCAGGAAGAGAAGCAGCUGUCAGACACUAACAGUGAAGCUGAAGCUGAAUCUGAGGCUGGAAAGUGUUUUUAUACACAACUUUAAUGUGUGUACCGGAUGUGUUGCAGCCCUCACUGCCUGCAGGCUGAGAAACAGAAACAGUUUGUGAUGAACCAAUCAGAGUGUUGAGGUUUCCUGUGGAGCUCCGUCACAUAGAGGCUCCAUCAGUGAGGUGAAGUCCUCAGAGGACAUCAACAACUAUGGAGCUUCUUCCUCUCGUGUGUCUCUGUCUGCUGAGCUGCUCUGGAGACGGGUCGGUUGUCGUCACCGUGGAGGAAGGAAGUGACGCCAUGUUGCCCUGCUCCAUCAACACCAAGGAGAACAUCGAGAAACUGACGUUUGACUGGAAGAAAGGUCGUCAGGAGGUUUUCUUCUAUCAGAGCGGCAAACAUUACAAUAACGGUGGCCGAACAGGUCAAGAUAAACAGUUCGAAGGACGCGUUUUUCAUUUUGAGGAUGAACUGAAACACGGCAACGCCUCCAUAAAAAUCACCAGAACUCAGCUGACUGACAGCGGAAACUACGCCUGUACUUUCCCCCCCGACAGAAAUCCAUCCAGCGUCACUCUUCAUGUCGGUGCAGCUCCAAAGCCGUUCAUCACAAUACUUGCUGAAACAAAGGACUGGGUCCUCCUGCAGUGUGAAGCUCAUGGUGAUCCACUUCCUACAUUAGAGUGGAAGGACAGUGAUGACAACACUCUUCCUGCUGAUACACCUCAGAUCUCAGUAAGAGGAGGUCGAUCAUACAUCACCGUCAACGUCACUGUGACGAAGGCUGACCGCUAUCGCUGUGUAGCUACACAGGAGAAAUUCAGCCAUCAGAUUGGCUCUCAGAUUUAUGUGCUCCUGAAUGGUGCAGCUUCAGAACCGUCUGUCACAACAAUUAAAACAGAUGGUGUGACGGUUCUGCAGUGUGUCGUUAAAGGAGCUUCUCCAAAACCCAAAGUCGAGUGGAAGGACAGUUCUGGAAACAUCCUUCCUGUUAAAGACCUGAAGGAAACAGAAAGAGGAGACAGCUACGACAUCGUCCUCCAAACUACUUUGACCAAGACGGACAACUUCCGCUGUGUCGUCACUCAGGAAGAAAUCAACCAUCAGAUUUAUGCUGAGAUUGAUCUGAACAUCAAUGGACUUUCUGCUGGAGCGAUCGCUGGUUUUGUAGUUCUCAGCCUCCUGUUAGUUGUUGCUAUUGUUGGUGGUGUUGGUGGUGGACUUUACAUCAAACAUCUCAAAAAGGAAAAUCGUGAGAAAUACGAGGAGAAGAGAGAGCCUCAAACUGAACCCGACUCAUCGACCUCGCUGAAAGAAUCCAGCUGAUCCAGAAAUAUGACUCUCUUUGCAUGUGCUGUGAAGUUUGCUGCUGCUGAAUGUGUGAGUUGUAAGAGUGAAACAUUUAGAGAAAGCAGUCAGAGUUUCAGACGAUGCUGGAUGACAGUGAGGACGUUUUGUCUGCUUGUUUCAGGCAGUUUAAGAGUUAAAAGCUGUUUUAAAGUCAGUUUAAAGUGGAAAUGAGUUUUUGGGAUCAGGGUUGUGAUGGUAGCAACGUGGAAAUGAAGGUUGUUCUCACUUUGAUGCAGAAGACGCAGAUUUGGACUGAGGUGCACAUUACUUGGCAUUUGUUUUAAGGAGAAGAUAGUUUUCAGCUGUGAUCCUGUUGAGUAUAUUUAGUGUUCAGUAGUAACACUCACCUGAUACGUCAGCUCGGCUCUUGUUGUUACUUCCACCGUUGAUUCACCUCCACUGACUGACCACAUUAACACACCUGUCACAGUCACAUUACCUGAUGAGGUCGCUUCUGUCUCAGGAGGUGUUAAAGUGCUUUCAUUUAGUUUCCUUCAUUGUUUUAUUUAACAUGGAGCAUAAUAUACAUUACUAUCAGCCCUUCACAAUAAGAGCUGGUCCACAUGCAGCACAGUGACAUGUAGCUGUAACAGAAGAGAGCAGGUGGCCUUUAAUGCUGACAGAACUGAUUAUUAAUGAAUCGUUCUGUCAAGUGAGAAUUAAAUGAAUUCUGAUAUUUGGUGAGAUUCAGUUCCACUCUUGUGCAGCUUGAAGAGAAAAAAUGAUGCAGCGAACAAACUUUGACUCUGUUAUUAAUGUUGUUGAGGACAAAGACGAGCUCUUUCUCUCUGUUCUAUGUUGCUUUUAUUCUUUUAUUUUUAUACUCUGAUGAUCUGAAGCGUCUCUAGCAGCUGGUCAGUUAAUCACACGUCGCUGGUUCGAUCCCCGGCUCCUCCCGUCCACAUGUCCAAGUGUCCUUGAGCAACAGGCUGAAGCCCAAACUGCUCCUGAUGGUCAGACCAGCACCUUGCAUGGUAGCUGACUGCCAUCGGUGAGUGAGUGAGUGAGUGAGUGAGUGAGUGAGUGAGUGAGUGAAUGGAUGAAUGAGGGCAGCAGUGAUGUAUAAAUGCGUCUAUUUACCAAAUAUUAUCAGACUGCUUGUAGAGCUUAAAGCUCCUGACUGAGCUCCACAUGUGCUUUAAAACCAUCAGACUUCACUGAACUGAAGCUGCUGUUAACACUGUCAGUCACUGUCAACAUUUUGUAGCUACCAGUUAAUAUAAUGUGACGCUUAUGGUUUGUUUUAUAUUAGUGUAAUUGAUAUUGUUGGACUAUUAUCUGGCCCCCAAAAAUAUCCCCAUGUUAAAUCAUAAUCAUGACAUAAACUAAAUGUUUUGACAUAAAACAUCAAAAUUAGUCAAUGAAAACUUCAAAAUUAUUAGAGAAUAAAGUAAAUAAAUUGACAUAAUACAUUAAAAGAAUCAAAAUUAUGGAUACAAUUUUUUCAGUUUUUCUCACAUUAUUUUGUAUUUUAUCUCAUAAUUAUUAUUUAUCGCAGGAGUAUUUUAUUUUCAUGAAGGCUCAUUUCAUUUUUAUGCUUCCUUGUAUUUGUUGAGGUGCUGAUCCAGAGUCAGUUACUAACUGAACUCUACACUCAGUGUCCAGUUUAUUAUAAUUAUAAGGUUUUAAUGUUCAGUUUGUUGUCAAAGAUUCGACUAAAUGAAUCAGUUUGGAGGCUGUUGAACUGUUGUGUCUUAUUCUGCAGCUGUUUGUAUUAUUCUGAUAUUAGUUUCAGCUGGAUGAACCUGAUAAACUGUUGACUGAUGUUUGAAUUGUGUCUCAGAGUUCAUGUGUGUUUCUGUUGUUCACUGAUGAUGCUUUUGUCGUGUUUCAGGUCAUUAAAACAUGAAAACUGUCAAA